AUGGAUGAAUUGUCCCCCAGUUACGAGAUAAAGAACUUGCAUCUCAAGCAGGUCUUACACCAUUUGGUGAAAUGCAAGAACAUGCUGUUAAAGUAUAGGAUAAGCGAUAACUGGGGGAGCAGGGAAGUGGAAAGAACAGGACAAGAAACAGGAAGAGAGAAAUUGAAUCUGUGGAAUCAAGUUAAUCAUCACCUCGAAUUCAGUUUAUUUGUUAUGAAUUGUUGUUUGAUUAAAUUUUCAAUCGAACUGUGGAAAUGUUUAGGAAAGAAUCCACGUAAAACACUAGCAGCUAAAGCAAAGAAAGCUGAUGGUGUAACUUGGAGAAAUGCAAUAAACAAUCGAUUCGUUCUAAUGGAGAAAGGGAUUGACGAUGAUGUCAUCUGUAUACAUUAUAUGGCCCGGAUUUUCCUGUCACCUUCAGAUGACUUUCAAAGAUAUUGCGACAUCGUCUCUAGAUCAUACUUUGAUCAAGCAAUAAGUGAAAGGGAAUAUACGAUCAAGAAAGCAGAAAAGGAAAAUAUUGAAAACCUGGGGUCUUCGCGAAUCGUCCCUGGCUCACCGCUAUUGCGGGCCGUCCUGAUCGCUGAUUGUUCCCCGACCUGGUGUCCUCGCGAGUCGUUUCCUGACCUGGGGCAAAUUUCAUGGGAAUUCAAGAUUUUUGCCAAUUUUGGCUGUUUUGGUCCAUAUAUGUCAUGCUAA